AUGCUGUCUAGAUCCACUAGACGUGAAAAAUUAAAACAACUUAAAGAAGCCAGGCGAACUGGUAAGAAUAUCAACGUUAUAGAAUCAGAUGAUGAUGAUUACAAAGAAAUAUAUGACGAGGUCGAUGAAGAGACUUACAGAGAACACAAAAGAAACCAAUUGAUGAAUGAUGAUUUUAUUGUUGAUGACAACGGAGAAGGAUAUGUUGAUACAGGGGCUGAUGAAUGGGAUGAUGCUUCUAGACCAAAUUACUACUCCGAUGAAGAAGUCAAUGAAAAAAAGAGAAGAAAAAAGGAUGAUAAAGCUGUGAAAGUUCCUAAAACUUCACAGAUAAGAAACUUCUUUAAACCUGCUAGUGGUGUUGCUAAUGCUAGAAAGAAGUUGGAUACAAAUAUUGAUGAUAUCCUUGAUGAUUUUAAUGACGAUACACCAAAAAAACGAAACAUCCCAAAGGCGUUUGCUAAUUCCUCCAAUAGAAAUACAUCAUCAAACAAUAAAAAGAAGGCAAAGGGUGCAUUCAACUUUUCCACUUCUACUGCAUCAAAAUUUGAUAAAAGAAAUACCAAGGUUGAAGCAUUCAAUGACUCAUCAGACUAUACCGUGGACUUUGACAUGGCUGAUAAUCAACCUUCAUCACCUGUAAAAAUCAAAAAUGAAUUCACCCCAGAUACCGAACCUGAAGUUGAAAAGGAAAAUAUUGAUCCAAUUCCAAAUAAGGAUGCUGUCGAUGAAAUAGCACACAAAGAAAAACCUCAAGUGAAGGCCGAAGAAGAAGCAGACGACGAGGUAGAUGAUGAUUCCGAUGAAGAUGUGAUUGUUUCUCGAAGACCUAGGGCUGCUGCUGUAAAGAAAGCCAAUUUGGAAACGUUAUCAUCUGUCAAAGCUAGUGAACUACCAUCGGCUGUCACUGCACAACCAAUUCACGCAAAGUUUGCCAAUCAUACAGAAAAGGUUGACGAGGAUAUUAUUAGAGAUUCAUCUGAUUCUUUUAAAAUGUUUUGGCUUGACUAUUCUGAAAGUGAUUGUUCCUUAUUGUUAUUUGGAAAAAUUAUGACAAAAGAAGGUGGCUUGAUUUCUGGUGUUGUCAAAGUUGAAGGUCUUUGUCGUGAGUUGUAUAUCCUCCCAAGGGACCAUCCAUUGGUAGAUGGUGAGGAGGACCAGAAUGAAACUGUUACUCCAGCAGAUGUGUUAGAGGAGAUCAACCCAGUAUUAUUGUCUAACUAUAAAUUGGAUUCUAUUAGAGCAAAACCAGAAAGAAAGAAAUAUGCAUUUGAAUUGGCCGAUAUCCCCAAAGAGGCAGAGUAUUUAAAAGUUUUGCUCCCUUUUUCUGCCGAAACCAACAAAAAUAUUAUGCCAUCUAAUAUAGAGGGUCGUACCUUCAGACAUAUUUUUGGUACCAAUACCAACAUGUUUGAAGCAUUUGUAACUCAAAGAAACAUCAUGGGACCUUGCUGGUUAGAAAUCAAGAAUGGUGAUUUCCGUGCCAUGCAAAACGCAUCACAUUGUCAAGCUGAAGUAGUUGUUAGAUCACCGGGUAACAUUGUUCCAAUAGACAAGAAUGCUCCACCACCUCCUAACUUAACUGUGACUGCUAUUUCUGUUCAGACUGUCAUGAAUACCAAGAGUAAUAAACAAGAAGUGGUGGCUGUAUCAUUGGCAACCUAUUUUGACCUUCCUCAGGAUGCACCAAUUCUGGAAUCUAUAAAACCAAAUGACAUUUUAACAUUGGCAAGACCCGUAGGUGUUGUUUCAUUUCCACCGGGAUUGCAGCAGCUAGCAGAUAAGGAGGGAUUCCAAUUGAGAACUUGUCCAAAUGAAAAAGUCCUUCUCAAUGCUCUUGCUGCUAAAAUCAAAUCGCUAGAUCCAGAUGUUUACAUUGGCCAUAGAUUAGAGAACAUUUCCUUGGAUGUCCUUGUACAUCGUAUGAAUGAAAAUAAAGUUAUGACUUGGUCUGCUCUUGGUCGUCGAAGUAGAAAACAAUGGCCAUACAUGAUCAACAAACACAAUUCUAGUUAUAAUAACAGUCUUCUUGUUCGAGACGUUUUCCAAGGGAGAUUAUUGUGUGAUAUUGCUAAUGAGAUGGGGCAAUCGUUGACUAUGAAGUGUCAAUCUUGGGAUUUGCAUGAAAUGUACGAUGUGGUGUGCCAUAAGAAGCACGGUCCUGUUGAAAUCAAUUAUCAAAACAUCAAGUAUGCAGAAGAUGCAUUUUUCUUCCUUAUGGCAUUGAAGGAAAACGAAUUCAACGUUAGGCAAACUGCUGAAAUUGCCUUUGGCAUCCAGAUUCUUUCCCUUUCUAAACAAUUGACUAAUAUUGCCGGUAAUGCUUGGUCACAUACUUUGAGUGGUACAAGAGCUGGUAGAAAUGAAUAUAUUUUACUUCACGAGUUCAAGAGAAACAACUAUAUCGUUCCUGAUAAAGAAGAUAAAACCCACAAGAAUACGUCGUAUCAACAAGAAGCUAGAUUGGAGAAUGCCGAGGAAGAUGCAACUACAGCUACAUCAAACAAAAAACCAAAGUAUCAAGGUGGUUUAGUUUUUGAGCCAGAAAAAGGUUUGCACAAGAAUUAUGUUUUGGUCAUGGAUUUUAAUUCUUUGUAUCCAAGUAUCAUUCAAGAAUUCAACAUUUGUUUUACCACAGUUGACAGAGACAGGUUUAAUAUGACUCACGAUGAAAACAAAGAUAUGCCAAUUCUUCCAGAAAAGGAAUCAGCGCCUGGUGUUUUACCGAGAUUGUUGAAUACAUUGGUUUCUCGUCGUCGUGAAGUCAAAAAGUUGUUGAAAGAUCCUAAAAAUACACCUUUCCAAAAGGCUCAGUAUGAUAUUAAACAACAAGCAUUGAAAUUGACAGCUAACUCUAUGUAUGGUUGUUUGGGUUAUGUGAAUUCUAGAUUUUAUGCCAAACCUUUAGCCAUGUUGGUCACCAAUAAAGGUCGUGAAAUCUUAAUGGACACUAGACAAUUGGCAGAAUCUUCAAGUUUGAGAGUCGUAUAUGGGGAUACUGAUUCGGUUAUGAUCGACACGGGUGCCAAUAGUUUUAAAGAAGCUAUCAAGAUUGGGGAAGAAUUCAAAGUACAAGUCAAUGAACGCUAUAGAUUAUUGGAAAUAGAUAUUGAUAAUGUGUUUAAGAGAUUAUUGUUGCAUGCCAAGAAGAAGUAUGCAGCUAUGAACGCUUCAAUUGACAGAGCUACGGGUGAAGAAUCAACCACUUUGGAGGUAAAAGGUUUGGAUAUGAGAAGACGUGAAUAUUGUCAGCUUUCGAAGGAUAUUUCUACCUAUGUGUUAAUGAAAAUAUUAUCGGAUCUGGAUCCAGAAGCAGCUUUAAUUGAUGUCUAUAAUUACUUGGAAGAAAUGAAGAAUAAAAUACAAAACAACGAGAUACCAGUCGAUAGAUACAAAAUCAAUACCAAACUUUCAAAAGAUCCUAAAAGUUAUCCAAAUGGUAAGAGUAUGCCACAAGUCCAAGUUGCUUUGAAAUUAAGGGAGCAAGGUAAGGUUAUUAAAGCCGGAAGUGUGAUAACGUAUGCUAUCACAGCACCACAGAAUGAAGAAGAUAAAUCUACUCCUGCUGAACGAGCACGAAGUAUACAAGAACUAUUAUCUAAGAAGAACCCAAACUUGAAACCAGAUCCAACUUACUAUUUGGAAAAACAAAUAUUUGCACCGGUCGAAAGAUUGUUGGAAAGAAUUGAAGGUAUUGAUAUGGUAAGAGUUGCCAGUUCUUUGGGAAUUGACACUAAGCGUUAUAUUUUAAGAGUUAAAAAUAGCGAAGGUGCCAAUGGAGAAAUAUUACCAAUGGAAUCGAGUAUACCAGACUCAGAAAGGUUCAGAACUUCAAGUUAUUUGGUUUUGAAUUGUAAAUGUGGUCAUUCAUUCAGAUUUGGGGGAAUAUUGGCAUCGCCAGAUUACAAAGUCACAUUCAAUGGUGUUUGUUGUCAAAAAUGUGAAUACACAUUCCCUGAGAUCAAAUUGACAUCUCAAUUGGAAUCGAUGAUAAGAAAACAUAUUGCUUUGUACUAUGCUGGUUGGUUAGUAUGUGAUGAUCCGGCAUGUGGAAUCACCACAAGGCAAAUAUCCGUUUAUGGUAAAAGAUGUAUUGGAGCAUCUGGUAAGGCUAUGGAUUGUAAAGGUAUGAUGCGUUAUAGAUACAGUGACAAACAACUUUACAACCAGUUAUUGUAUUUCAAUUCCAUAUUUGAUGUUGACAAAACAAAACAAGGUAACUUGAGACCAAUUAGAGAUGUUUUAGAAGAAAAAGAUGGUGAAAAAGCUAUUCCUAAAUUACCAUCUGGACAGGUGGAUGCUUUAGCUGAACAGAAUCGAGAAUUAUUUGCUAAUUGUCAGGAAGUAGUUCAAAAGUACUUGGGAGAAUGUGGUCGUCGUUAUGUUAAUAUGGGUUCAAUUUUUGAUUUCAUGAAUUUAUAG